AUGGGCUCUACCAACCCCAACUACCUUACUGCUCGGUCAGACCCAGCUUUCACCACCCUCACCUCUAAUCCAGAUGUUCGAGCUCGUCCCUUCUCAACUGUUGAGAAGCUGGUCCAUCACUUCAAGACCGUAACAGCUCCCCUUUCAAAGGACCAUCUUUCCAUCUACACUGCUUUGAAGCUGUCAUUCCCUUCUUCGGUGGCCGAUCCAGUUGCCCACAUCAGGACAGCAUGGGCUGCGACAGUAAAGCACCAUCCACACCUUGGAAGCGUGCUCAACUUGGAAAAUCACACUGAUGAAUUCGGAAGGACUCCCGCUAUACUCAUUCCCACCUAUGACGCUGAGGAAUGGCUGGCUAAGACUUUCACAAUUGAUCACAAAGCAACAAGCGCCACAGCUCUCUUCGAAUCAGCCAAAGAUGAAGAGUAUGCUACUUGCACUUGGAUUCCCUCCUCUUCUCAAGUGCUCUUCCAAACAAGCCACUGGCGCAUGGACGGAGGUUCUGCAAUGACCAUUGCGGUCAAUUUUCUUCAUGUUCUCUCACAAUCCCUCGUUAAAGGCGCCGACGCUGCACUCGAUACUUUCACAUCUCCUGUCGGCGAUGGCAGCAUAGCACCAAACGUGGAUUGGAUCCUGGACGCCUUUUCUGACGAGGCCAACACCCCAGACUACAUGGUCAAAGCUGCAGAUACUAUGUACACUGACAUGUUGGCCGGUGCGCCCAGCGUGGCGCUUCCCCCACGAGAGGGAAGCGAUGAAGCCAUUCCCGGGGACUCCACCCGAGUCACUCUCAAUUUUGGUAAAGAGACUACAAUUCAAUUAUUGGCAGGGAGCAAAGCAAAAGGCAUCACAAUAUCUCUCGCUACCCAUGCUGCGAUUAUUCGCUGUUCGGCGAGGUAUCCACAACACCCGCUGUGCAAGUCUUACGGGAGAUUUGCCCCCGUUGACAUACAGAAAGACUUCCCUUCUCCAUACAAUACGCCUCAGUAUUCUAUUGGUGAAUACUGCGCUGCUUUCCCCGUCAUUGUCUUGGAUGUGGUAAACGAGAACAAGACUUUUGAUCAAGUGUGUGAGGAAUUACAAAAGUCGUACGGACGUGCCAGAAAUUCUGGAUUUGAGGAUCACAAGGGACAACCCGUGUCCACUGCUGAUCUCGGUGCUCCUUUCAUCAGAAGGAUUCUUGAAUUGGUCAACACAGUUCCACCUCCCGAUAUGCCGACUGUCCAAGCUGUCGAUUUUGCCAGCAUGGGCUUGGUAGAGAAGGUCUUGGAUCGCAAGUAUCCCGUCUCUGGUGGAAAGAAUGAAGGAGAGGUGGUAGUGGAAGACUUUUGGUUGGGGACGCAGACGAUAGCAAAGGCUGUUCAGUGUCAUGGUUGGACGUUUAGGGAUCAGUAUGUGUUGACGGCAAGCUGGAAUAAGAGUUACUACGAUAAGGUAUUCAUAGAGAACUUUUUGAGGGAGGUGAAAGAAGAGAUGAUUCGGGGCCUUGAGGCUUAG